AUGGAACGAAACCGGUUUAUUAACGUCACAAGCUUUACCUUUCCUCCAUCAGUGGUUUAUAAUGAAUUUGGGCUCUCUCCUAUUGUUACAGCUGUUACUGCUGUAGUCGUUUUCAUUUUAGGAGUGAAAAUUGUGAGGGUCGUUUUUAAUGAUGUUCGCGGUCCCAUUAAAGAAGCCACAAAAACUCAUAAUUGGAAAAAUACAACUUCAUUUCAAGGAGCGAACUACUGUAAUAUUUGUGAAAAAAUUAUGAUGACAACUCAGGGAAUGUAUUGUGACUGCUGUGGACUUUUCUCUGAUGUAGCUUGCACUCCUGUUGCUAACAAGAUUGAGCCAUGCAAAGCAAUAACUUAUCCUUCUUCUAAAUUGAUGAAGCACCACUGGGUUAAAGGAAACCUUUCAGCAUCAAGCAUAUGUGAUGUUUGUGACACUGAUUGCUCAGGGUGGGGAAUUGAAAACUUCAGAUGUUGUUGGUGUCUAAGAACCAUUCACACAGCCUGCAAACCUCGUCUUUCUGAAUUAUGUGAUUUUGGACCCUACAAAAAAUUAAUUAUUCCACCUUCAUCUGUUGAAGUUGUUACAAAAAGAACAAACAUAAAAAAAUAUUUAGUUUUAAAAUCUGUUAAACCUACCGAUUGGCCUGGUUGGUCUCCGUUAAUUGUUAUAGCUAAUUGUAAAUCGGGAAAUAAUGAUGGAGAAGAAAUUUUAUCAGCUUUUAGAGGAAUGUUACAUCCAGGUCAAGUAAUUGAUUUAAGAGUUAAAAAACCUGAAGCUGCUUUAGAAUGGUGUUUUUUGCUUAAUGAUGUUCCUUGCAAAAUUUUGGUUGCUGGCGGUGAUGGAACAGUUGGAUGGGUGUUGAACACAAUAGCAAAUGCAAAGCUUCAAGUCUUACCUGCUGUCGGUAUACUUCCCUUAGGAACUGGAAAUGAUUUAUCAAGAGUUUUAGGUUGGGGUAAAGGCAUAUCGUCUCAUGUAAAUCCCGCAUUGGUUUUGGAUGAUACUCUAGAAGCAGAAACAGUUUUUUUUGAUAGGUGGAAAGUUAUUGUUAAACCGAAAAGAUCUUUGAGAAUUCAUUCUGUUAAUAAAGAAUUGUUUAUGUAUAAUUAUUUAAGUAUUGGUGUAGAUGCUCAGGUUACCCUUGAUUUCCACAGAGCGAGAGAAUCGCCAUUUUAUAUAUUUAGCAACAGAAUGUUUAACAAAUUAUUGUAUUUUGGUUAUGGAACACAGCAAUGGUUUGAAAAAAAAUGUCAAGGUUUGAAUGAAAAAAUUGAAUUGUAUUUAGAUGGACAAAAGAAAAAUCUUCCAGCUAUUGAAUCUAUUGUUGUAUUAAAUAUUGACUCUUGGGGUGCUGGUGUUCAUUUGUGGAAGAUGAGCGAAACAGAUGAAAGUAAAUUAAGCCAAAGUUAUAAUGACAAAAAGUUGGAAGUUUUAGCUUUAUAUUCGAGUUUACAUAUUGCCCAACUUCAAGUUGGUUUGGGUUCUCCAUACAGAGUUGGCCAAGCUAAUGAAGUACAAAUUGUGUUAAAAUCAUCAAUAGCAGUACAAGUCGAUGGUGAACCUUGGAUGCAACAACCUGCAGUUUUUCAUAUCUUUCACUACGACCAAGCUUUAAUGUUAAAAAAAAAAAUUUAA